AUGGGGACAGACGGCGGACAAACUCGCGAUGACGCCGUCGAUCUGACAACACCUCCGCCCGACGAGCCGCCGGCGAAGCGAGCAAAGGUGUCCGGCUACUUCGCCAACUCAAAGGACGACUCCUCCAAGCUGAAGGCGACUUUCAAUUCUGUCCCUCGGCUUGGCGAGUACCGGUUGUCUCGCAAUCCGGACAAUGCGCCUCUACCAAAACAGCGAACGGCCGAGGAAGAGCAGCGGCACGAGCAGUGGCAGAACGCCGUUCUUGGUCGCAAGUUCUUCCGCAGACGCUCGCUUCAGCUAGACGAUGCAGCCGCCAUCGCCUUGCGUGAGCAGCUCGGCGAGGAGGCGGGAGAGCAGACUCCGGCGAGUGGAAGUGCAACACCAGCGACACCAGGACCCGAGGAAGACACCCAACCUGAGAGCUCAGCUGCGGCAGCUCUACGAGCCAAGUUUGCUGCGCCACCAGCCAAGGGCAGAGGGAAGAAGAAGGAAGAUAUCGGGCCUAGUGGGCUGACGUACACACCCCUUGAGAAGCAGUACAUGGCCAUCAAGGAGAGGUGGCCGGGCGUCCUACUGAUGUUGGAAGAGAUUCUACGGAGAAGACGCAAAGGUACGGUCCUCCUUCUCGGCCCUGCUAAUGUUAGAUUGCCGCGAGAGAACUCGGCAUCAUGGCAUUCCCGAACCGCAACUUCUACACGGCUUCGAUCCCGGCUGAUCUCUCUGGGCUACAAGGUCGGCGUCGUGUCUCAGACGGAGACGGCAGCGCUGAAGAAGGUCGGCGACAAUCGAAAUGCUCCAUUCACUCGAGAGCUCACCCACCUGUACACGUCGUCAACUUACGUUGAGGAGAGCUCAGCUUCCUCUUCGACUGUGCGUGACGCUCCGGUGGUCCCGGGAACGGCAUCACCGAGCACUGGGGCCCUCGUGACCAUCGUUGAAGACGCGGACGACAAGCGCUCGCGGAUAGCGCUGGUGUCCGUAAUCCCUGGCACGGGAGAGGUGCUGACGUCAGACUCUCGCAUUCGCAACGAGCUCGAGACGAGACUUACCCACCUCCAGCCCGCUGAGUUGCUGCUGCCCGAUGAUCUCAGCAAGGAGACGAAGAAGGUGAUCGACCACUUGACUGUUGGCCGCUCAACCGCGGACGUCAGGAAAGAGCGUGUCGAUCAGGUAGACUACACCACGGCUUUUGAUUACCUGACCCAGUUCUACAAGGAACGAGAAGCUAUCGACCUCACGAGGGAAGACGAGGAGAUGGGAGACGAAGCUUCUAGGGAAGACGGGGAAGCUAACGUUGACGAGCUUGUCAACUUUCCGAAGCCGGUGGUCGUCGCAUUGUCUAUGGUCGUAAAGUAUAUCUCAGCUGACAGCAGUGAUCUCAAAGCUCGCGCGGACGCCAUCGAGGAGAUCAUCACGACCAACUCGUAUCAGGUUGAAAAGCUGCGCAACCUCCUGGUGAACAUGCCUGACCUCGUGCGCGGCCUGACCCGCGCACAAUACGGCAAGACGACACCGAACGAGCUUUCGGCAAUCCUGACCGGGCUGGUUCGCAUCAGUACGGAGUUCCGGCCCGAGAACGCCAACGGCUUCCGCUCAGAUCUGCUGAACGAUCUUGUGCGGAAACUGCCCACGAUCAAGGAUGCCGCGUCUGAUCUGCUUGCUGCGCUGAACAUGAAGGCAGCGAAGAACGACGAGGAAGCCGCUCUAUGGCAGGACCAGGAUCGCUACCCCGCGAUCCAGGAUGCUAAAGACUGCAUCGAUGUCUGCACCAUGGAGCUCGACCAGCACCUAGCGCAGGUCAAGAAGGCUCUCGGUCGCCCCCAUCUCAAGUAUGUCACAGUGGCGGGCAUCGAGUUCUUGAUCGAGAUGCCCCAUCGAGACGCGAAGAUCGUCCCUCCGAAGUGGGUCAAGGUCAGUGGCACGAAGGCAGUCUCGCGUUACCACACUCCCGAAGUGAUCAACAUAGAGACUCUGGCGCUCGAGGCGAAGGGCGCCUUUAAGGCGUUCCAGGAGGAGGUCGCCGAGCACCGCGAAUUCCUGGUCGUCGCGCGGGAGCUCGCCGUUAUCGACUGUCUGACGAGUCUGGCCAACGUGGCUCAGGCGAACGGAUAUGUCAAGCCGACCUUUGUCGCCGAGCCCUGUCUCCGGAUCAAGGACGGCCGCCAUCCAAUGGUGGAGGCGCUCCGUGACGACCAGUAUGUGCCGUUCGACAUCUCGUUCGGCGACAAGGAAGGCCGCGCCAAGGUCAUUACUGGUCCAAACAUGGCGGGCAAAAGCAGCUGCGUGCGCGCCGUAGCCCUGAUGGUGUGCAUGGCGCAGAUGGGCUCGUUUGUCCCCGCGUCGUCAAUGACGCUCGGCAUCCACGACGCGGUGCAAACGCGCAUGGGCGCAAGCGACGAGAUCUCCCGCGGCAAGUCAACGUUCAUGGUGGAGAUGACAGAGACGUCGGACAUCCUUCGCACGGUGACGCCGCGCACACUCGUGGUGCUCGACGAGCUGGGUCGAGGGACGAGCACGUUCGACGGCGUGGCGAUUGCAUACGCGACGCUUUCGCAUCUCGCCGCUCUCGACAUCCCGACCCUGUUCGUAACUCACUAUCCCCUGCUCUCGCGGCUGGAAGCCGAGUACUCGACUGUCAGCAACUGGCAUAUGGCGUUCACGGAGAUGCCUGGCCCCAGCGGACCGGAGAUUACGUUCCUGUACAAGCUUCGCCGGGGGCUCGCCGACGCAAGUUUCGGUAUUUGGUGUGCGCGCCUGGCGGGUCUCCCUGACGAACUUCUGGAGACGGCGCAGGAGAAGAGCGAGCGCAUGCGCGAGGAGACGCGCGAUCGCGGUCGAGCGGCAGUCGGGAAGUAUCUCCGCGCCCUUGUUGGCGGGGACUUGACAGCGGCGGAGAAACUCGAGGGCGCCAUGGCAUACGUCGAUGCCGCGGGUCCCGGAGGGAGGGUAGAGGUAGACAUGUAG